CGACAAACAGCACAUCAGACUGCUGUCAAUCUUUCAGACCUCUCAUCAUGUCAAUCACAUCCUACCCCGCCGAGACCAACAGUGGCGCCGUCACAUCUUACCUCCCACUCACUACCGCCUGGCCUUCCUCGUCCGGUUGCGCAAGCAUCUACCGCCUCAAUGGACCCAGUCUCGUCGCCUGGGAUCCCGGGUACGGGCUGGAUGUGAACUCCGACGUUGUCUGCGAUGCCCCGGAGGUGACCACAUGGUGGGAGCAAGGGCUUCUAGGAAACGGAGGCACACUGCCCACACGGAUCAGUCUCGGCCCCUUCACCUGUCCGGAAGCGUUCUCAACAAUGAAAUCGUCCGUCAAAGAUGCCUCCAGCACAUUGGUAAUGUGCUAUCCCUCACGAUACUACAUCGGCGACGGGAACACUGCCCUGAUCGACGGAAAUUGUGAGUCAGACGUCUCGUCCGGUAUGAUCUUGACAUACGCUUCGACACCGUCCGGGGAAGCCACCUCGUGGAAGAUCGUGACGACCACAUUGACGCGCAGCUGGACUGUCGGUGCCAUUGCUGUGGUCGGUUGGAAUAUUCGCUAUGACGCUGUGACUCCUACAGCCACUGCUACUGCCACAACAGCAUCAAUAACCACUGGACCGGAGCUUCCAUCCACUUUCAGCUCCUCUGGAAUACCAUUGACAACCAGUAAUAACACAUCAACUUCCGCCCCAGCUCCACCCACGGUUACCCGCACACUUCCUACGGGCAUCAAGGUGGGCAUAGGGCGACCGCAACUCAAGCGGUAUUGCGGAUCCUCUGGUCGCGUUGUGAAGGCUCGAGCAACGGUAGCAGUGUAUGCCGACGUGGGAGACGCCCCUUGGCCAUGGUACGAAUGGUUGAAGCGGCGUAUUGUCACCCUCAAACAACAUAGAAGACCUUUUCAUCCUAAGGAUGAUCUGCGACGCGGCUGUUGGCUGCCGAGUUGA